CGAGACCAUAGAGCCCCUCCGGAGGGAGACUGACUCUGAGCCUCUGAGGACUGAACUGAUUGACGUUUGCCCGCCAAUAUCUUUCCUUUCCCAACAAAGGUCUCUGUUGUUUUUACCUUGUUUUUUGCGUAAAUAAGUGAAUUCAUGACUUCAAUGUGGUUAAUUAGGAGCAAUAAUUAUCGCGCACAGUUUUCUGUAUUGUACAGAAUAUCGUAAUGUUCCAUAAAUAGUGGAUGUCUGUAGGCAUUGUGCAAAAAUGGGGACUCCAUCAGAAAAGUCUAAGAAGCAGCAGCUAUUGCGUUGCGCGGAUUGGCUCCAGAAGCAGAAUAGUCAAGAGCAGAAGCUGUCCCUGCAGAAUCAGAACGACAUUCAAUUUAUAAUCCAGACGAAUGCAGAUCGGAAGAACUUUUUGUUGGCAGUUGCUGAGGACGAGGCUACUGUCCCAGCUGGCAUUGAUGAAAUUUCAAUGGAGCCUCAGACUGUGCCUUUAAAAAAGCUCCGCGUAGAAUAUCUGCAGAUGGAAUGUGAAUGGCAAUCCUGUCGGUGGUGGUUUAACGACUACGAGGCUUUACAGAAGCAUGUACGGAAUCACAUCUCAGAAGUACAUGUUAUUCAGGAUGAGGGGGAAGCUCAAUAUGUUUGCCUAUGGGACGUAUGCGGCCAUAAAACGUCAGAUUUCAAGGAGAUGAUUCGUCACAUCAACUAUCAUGCAUACCAUGCCCGUCUCUUAGCCAUCGGCUUCAAUGGACGAGCUACUCUCAAGUUAGCACGUUGCAAGAAGGACUCGAGCAAACGUAACCAGUUGCCUCCUCUGAAAUGCGAUCAUUGCUGUAUGUGGACAGGCUGCGAUAAGAGAUUCAGUUCUAUACAGGGAUUCUUCGACCACAUGAAGCUCCACGUGAGAUACGCAGAAGGCAAUAUAUGUUCGUGGGCGGGCUGUGGAGCCAUGUUCCCGCGGCGCGCGUUGUUGACCAUGCACGUGCGCUCUCACACCAAGGAGCGCCUCAUAGCCUGCUAUCACUGCGGGAUGCAUUUCUCUUGUAACUCCAAGCUUUCCGACCAUCUCUUGAGACAGAACGUGUACCCGCAGUCGUCGCACCGCUGCAGCGUGUGCGGCGUGGUGUGCGCCACGGCGUACCUGCUGCGCGAGCACGCGCGGCAGCACAUCAGCGCGCUGGCGUGCGCGCUGUGCGACAUGUCGGCGCCGUCGCCCGCCGCGCUGGCGCAGCACGUGCGCUACCGCCACGUGGCGCCCGCCGACGCCAGGCUGCACGCCUGCCCGCACUGCUCUUAUAGAGCCGUAACAAAAUCUGACCUCCGCAAGCAUAUACCAACACAUACCAGAAAAAGGAAACGCCAGAAGAGAGAACAGGACAGUGACAAAGAUCUGUCAGAUGAUGAUGAAGGAUCAGAAGUUGAGGUGAAGAAGAAGAAAUCCACUAAGAAGUAUGCUUGCCACAUGUGUCCAGAGGAUGAAAUGAAGGUGUUCUCAAGAGGGACCAGGUUGACCACACACUUGGUGAAGGUGCACGGAGCUCAGUGGCCGUUUGGACAUAGUCGGUUUAGGUAUCAAAUAAGCGAAGACGGGAUGUACCGACUUACAACGACUAGAUACGAAUUCCUGGAGGUGUCGAAGAAAAUCGUCGACGGCUACAGUUGGCCGAAGGAAUCACUUAACAACUCCUUCGAAUUCAACUUAGAACUUAAAGCGGAGGCUACGAAAACAACACCAAGACGGUUCGAAAUAACACUGAAAAACCCAAAAGAUAGUGAUAGUGACAAAAGUGAUCAUCAAAAAUCGAUUAAAUCUGAAGUGGAUAGUGACAAACCGGAGAUUGAGAUCACUAUGUGUGAUGUCGACGAACAAGGGAACAUAGUCAACUCGGAAGUUAUUAAUUCUAAAGUGAUCUCGUGAUUUGUAACUAGUUUUGGUAGUCGUGAUUUGUAACUAGAUCUGGUACUCGGGAUUUGUAACUAGAUUUGGUACUAAGGUCUUGAGGACUUGAUUCGGUGAAACAAUGGUAUUUAGUCCAUGAUGCGAUGCUAUGAGUUUUUAUUUAUUUUAUUUUGUAUCGGGAGCUAUGAGACGUGCAAUGAAAGUUUUUUUUUACAUUUUUGUGCCCAAACAUGCGACCGGUCGACGGGCCAUACCAUAAGCAGUUAUUAUGACUUGGUGACAGACCCCCUUAUUAGAGGGCUGCCUUCAUUAAGGUGUUACUAUAUUAUUUAUAUAGUUUAGAUAUUAUCCCAUGUGUGUGUCCUUUUGAGGUGUCUCAUGUGGGGAAUGUUUUUAUUUGUAUACUAGUACAUAACACACUCAACAUAACAUUAUUGCAGAGGUGUAUAGUGGGCAGGUACAAUAUAGACCUACUCCUCGCCAGCUAUGUUUACAAUGAAUGAAUUAAUAAUAAUUUUAAGAUCAUUGCAUGUCUCAAAGUUUCAAAAGUAUAACUCAGUUAUGAUUUUCUGAAGGUUUUCUUUGCUACGGUCUAUUUUAGAAAGAUUUUUUGUCCUCACAAUGAUUUCUAUAUGUAGGAUGUUUCCACUUUACAUUAUUUAUUAUUUCUUUU